AUGGCUCCCUCCACGCCCGUCGUCGCCGGCCUUCUACUCUUCCUGCUCGGGUUCUGCCUCGUCGAUUCGCGCUCCGUCUACGACCAUCAUCACCAUUCGGUUGUGGCCAACGGAAGAUGGCUUCUCCAGGCGGCGCCGGCCGUCACCAUCGACUGCGGGGCGAAGUGCUCGGUGCGCUGCAGCAAGUCGUGGAAGCGGAAGAUGUGCAACAAGUUGUGCGGGGUUUGCUGCAGCAAGUGCAACUGCGUGCCGCCGGGCACGUCGGCGGAGACACGCGCCAUGUGCCCCUGCUACGCCACCAUGACCAACCCUCGCGGCAAGCUCAAGUGCCCGUAG